GACGGAAACAGCCGGCCCCUUCGGGAGGCACGUACGACAGCAUAUUAUUUCAGAGGCCCUAUCGGUGACGCCGACGGAAACAGCCGGCCCCUUCGGGAGGCAGGUGCGACAACGUAUUUCAGAGGCCCUAUCGGUGACGCCGACGGAAACAGCCGGCCCCUUCGGGAGGCAGGUGCGACAACGUAUUUCAGAGGCCCUAUCGGUGACGCCGACGGAAACAGCCGGCCCCUUCGGGAGGCAGGUGCGACAACGUAUUUCAGAGGCCCUAUCGGUGACGCCGACGGAAACAGCCGGCCCCUUCGGGAGGCAGGUGCGACAACGUAUUUCAGAGGCCCUAUCGGUGACGCCGAUAGAAACAGCCGGCCCCUUCGGGAGGCACGUACGACAACGUAUUUCAGAGGCCCUAUCGGUGACGCCGACGGAAACAGCCGGCCCCUUCUGGAGGCACAUACGACAACAUAUUUCAGAGGCCCUAUCAGUGAUGCCGAUAGAAACAGCCAGCCCCUUCGGGAGGCAGGUGUGACAACGUAUUUCAGAGGCCGUAUCAAUAAGUGAUGCUGACGGAAACAGCCAGCCCCUUCGGGAGGGACGUACGACAAUGUAUUUCAGAGGCCCUAUCAGUGACGCCAACAGAAACAGCCAGCCCCUUCGAGAGGCAGGUGCGACAACGUAUUUCAGAGGCCCUAUCAGUGACGCCGAUAGAAACAGCCAGCCCCUUCGGGAGGCAGGUGCGACAACGUAUUUCAGAGGCCCUAUCAAUCAGUGACGCCAACGGAAACAACCAGCCCCUUUGGGAGGGACGUACGACAACGUAUUAUUUCAGAGGCCCUAUCAGUGACGCCGAUAGAAACAGCCAGCCCCUUCGGGAGGCAGGUGCGACAACGUAUUUCAGAGGCCCUAUCAAUCAGUGACGCCGACAGAAACAGCCAGCCCCUUUGGGAGGCACGUACGACAACGUAUUAUUUCAGAGGCCCUAUCAGUGAUGCCGAUAGAAACAGCCAGCCCCUUCGGGAGGCACGUAUGACAUCGUAUUUCAGAGGCCCUAUCGGUGACGCCGAUGGAAACAGCCAGCCCCUUCGGGAGGCACGUACAACAACGUGUUUCAGAGGACCUAUCAGUGACGCCGAUGGAAACAGCCAGCCCCUUCGGGAGGCAUGUACGACAACGUAUUUCAGAGGCCCUAUCAGUGACGCUGAUAGAAACAGCCAGCCCCUUCCUGCCCCUCCGUGCAUCUUCUCCAGUGGAUAUGGACUGGGGAGGGGCUGUAAGGGGAGAAGUUGCAGUGGGGGCGCUGAGGGAGGGACAGCUCAAAGUGCCAAAAGGGCUCUGUGUGUAAAGAACAUGGAUACAGGCCAGCAGAAGCCAGGCUGCCCCACUUCACAGAUGAUACCUGCGUUUGGGUCCAAACUCACAGUUGCUGUGUUCUGUCCACACCCCUGUCACCCCAGGCUUCUCUAUCUGAGAUGUGCACAGAAACCCAGACAGGACCAGUCGGCACUGUGUGCUGCGUGCUGCCUCCUGACCAGUCUGUGUGACACCGUCGGGGCUAUUCUGGCCAGACAGCUCACAAUCCAGGUUUUCACUGGUGCCUACCUAGCAGCUAUUGACUUAGUGAACUUUAUGUUCAUUCUCUUCCCAGUCUGUGGAUCCAAAUUCAAGUCUAAUUCAGAUCGGGAAGCCCGAGAGAGGAAGAGGAGGCGGCAGCUCAGGGCCAGUGUGUUUGCCCUGGCCCUGCCGCUGAGCCUGGGCCCGUGCUGGGCUCUCUGGGUUGCUGUCCCGAAGGCUUCAGCCACCAUCCGGGGGCCGCAGCGGAGGCUGCUGGCGAGCCUGCUGCAGGAAAAUACUGAGAUCCUCGGCUACCUGCUGGGUAGUGUUGCCGCCUUUGGCUCCUGGGCUUCUCGGAUCCCCCCUCUCUCCAGAAUUUGCCGGGGGAAGACAUUUCCCUCCAUCCACCUGUGGACCCGGCUCCUGAUGGCCCUGGCUGGCCUCCUCUAUGCCUCGGCCAUUGUGGCCCACGACCGGCAGCCUGAGUACCUGCUGCGGGCCACGCCCUGGUUCCUGACCUCCCUCGGCCGUGCGGCGCUGGACCUCGCUAUUAUUUUCCUUUCGUGUGUGAUGAAGAGCAAGAUGAGACAGGCCUUAGGAUUUGCCAAGGAAGCCAGAGAGAGCCCUGACACCCAAGCCCUUUUGACCUGUGCAGAGAAAGAGGAAGAAAACCAGGAGAAUUUGGAUUGGGUGCCUCUCACCACACUGUCACACUGCAAGUCACUGAGGACAAUGACAGCAAUCAGUCGCUACAUGGAGCUGACCAUCGAGCCUGUGCAGCAGGCAGGCUGCAGUGCCACCAGGCUGCCAGGUGACGGACAGAUGAGCGCCGGAGAUGCGUCCCUGCGGGAGCCCCCGUCGUACCCUCCCGUUCAGGUCAUCCGGGCCCGGGUGUCUUCCGGCAGCUCCUCUGAGGUCUCCUCCAUCAACUCCGACCUGGAGUGGGACCCUGAAGAUGUGAACCUUGAAGGCAGCAAAGAAAAUGUGGAGCUACUGGGAUCCCAGGUGCACCAGGACUCUGUGAGGACAGCACACCUGAGUGAUGAUGAUUAACACCUUCUGGAGCCAGCUCAUCAGCUCAGAGCCCAGGGUCAGGAGUUUGUUCAGUAACGCAGCAGGAAUCAAUCUGCACUGACACCGCGGCAGGAACUGAAGCUGCCCUGGAAAGUGAGGAACCAGGAGCCGUCACUGAGUGUGGCUGGGCUACAUCAUAGCUCAUCAUGGAGCUACGACUUUGGGUACUGCGGACAGACCUGGAUAGGCCCAGCAUUUGUUCUGAAGAUUACAGUUCACAGACAGCUUUUGCUUUGUAAGGAUAAUCCAAAGGAUCCUAGACCCGCUUUUCCUUUUCCCUUUAUUCCCUUGAGAGUCAGCCAUAAACUGAAUACCUGCUAGGUUCCAGGAAUGAGUUCACCUAACAAAUAGCAAAUGUGUCUGGUUAGAUCUCAGCAGAGCCCAUUCUGCAAGACCUGGCUGAGCCAGAUGAGAGGGUGGGCCCUGUGCUGGGGGGCCUUGGGUCACACACAGGAACCAAGACCUGGCUUCCGCCCCCCAGUCACCCACUUGGGUUAUCUGCUGGAAGUUAUCGAUAGGACUGUGUGGCCAACCAAGUGCUUGUGAGAUCACUGACACUGCAAAAACAAAGCAAACUGCUCCGGGUACCAGGACUUCCUCCAACCUGGCAAGGGUGUGUGCUGAGGCGGGGCUUGCAGGUGAGGGGGGCUGUAUGCUUCAGGAACUAACCAAAUGCAUGCAGAAGAUAAGAGGCAUGAUGGGAGGUGUUCAAGCACAGCAAUCCCAUUUGGGAGUUAUUUUGAUACUGCGAUGAGUAAGGGUAAGGGCGCAUGGAAUGGGGCUAAGGUGGGAGUGAACACUGGGGUGAAUAAAUUUUAAAUCAAUUCAA